GUCUCAACUGGAUUUUGCACACCUUGGGUUCUUAGUCCAGCCACAGGUCAAAGGUACCCUGGAAUUGGUAAACUUCUUAGCAACAAACCUUUUCCUAUUUUCACUGUACCUUUGAGACCACUUCCUGUAAGCAGUCUAGAGCCUUGUCUGGAAUCAUGCCUCUGUCAGGAACACCAGCUCCACCCAACAAGAGGAAAAAGCUCUCCAAGAUCAUCACUGACCUGUCACACAUAACCCAAGAUGAGUAUGAAUCAGAGCCUGAGGCCUCAGAAUUUGACUUGGGGAAAAAGAUCAGGGCACCCAAGGAUAUCAUGCUGGAGGAACUAUCCCUAAUGAAGAACAAAGGCUCCAAGAUGUUCAAGAUGAGGCAGAUUCGUGUGGAGAAGUUCAUCUAUGAGAAUAAUCCUGACUUCUUCAGUAGUGAGUCCAUGGAUAACCUCCAAAAGUUCGUGCCCAGCCUAGGGGGCCAGAUGAUGGAUGUUGGUGGCCGCCUGAUUGGUGGACAGAUGGCUGGCCAGGCUGGUGGAGCCGGCCAAGCACCAGUACCUCCUCCUAAACCCGGAAGCUAUGGAAAGGGAGCAGGGGGUGGGCUGCAAGCAGGUGGGCUCGCUGGAGGUGCCGGAGUGGCAGGAGGAGCAGGGGGGAAGGAUGGUGUGUCAGGAGAUGCCUCACAGAGUGAGGAACGUUCUAAGUCUGCUUUGGAAAAAGCAAAAAAGAGGGCCGCAUAUGUGAAUACAUACGUUUCCCCUUGGGAACGGGCUAUGAAGGGCAACGAAGAACUUGUAGCCACAAUGAAGGCUCAAAUGCCAGGACCCUGCUCUCAAAAGGAGCUGCGCAAAUAUAAGUGCUUCAACAGGAGUGCUCUCCCUUAUGGAGGUUUUGAGAAGGCCACACAGCUGAUGACCUUUCAGCUGCCAGACAUCGAGGUGGCCACUGAGGAGCCUGAACCGGCAGUGGUGUACCAACAUGAUAUCGGUUCACGACCCUCUUUCAACCGCACACCCAUCGGCUGGGCGGGCAGUGGUGAACCAGGCAGCAUUCACAUGGAGUUGGAUACUAUACCAUUUGAUGGGGAGACUGACGACCUGUGAACCUACAACCCGAACAAAAAAAACAAAAAAACAAACAAAAAAUGUAUACCUGUCCUAAUUACCCUGCACUCUAAUAACCAGAUACACACACACCUGCGCACACAGUCACAAUGCAACAAUCCAUCAGGAGAAUGGCAAACCUCUCUCACUGUACAUGUAACUUUGAAUCUAAAUCUGCCUCUGAAUGUGAGCUUUAAACAAAGAAAUGUAUUUGCGGAGGAUUUUUAUUUUAUUUUAUUUUUGCAUGAAGCGUACCAACUUAAAUGAAGGAGUCAGGUGGAGACUGAAGUUUUGAUUCGCUUGUUAUGUUGCCAGACAAAUGAGCAUGAUGUCUCUUCGGCAACAAUGUCAUGUUAGCACUCUCAGUGAUGGACUGCUUGGCACAUGCUGCUUUUUUUCUGUCACUUACAUAAAGGUAAACAGUUUUGACUGCAUAAUCUGUAACCUCCCUUUAAAUAAACUAAAGUUCCAUUUUACAAUUUCAUUAUGGUGUCCUUUACACGAGUAAAUACAGAUUAUAGUCAUGAUCAUCAUGUAUUUAUGAUUAUAAUGUUGUGGAACAUACACAGUUUCUGCUAUAGUACAUUACUAUUAUUACAUGUAACAUGAGCACAUUAUGCAUAUUAAUAUACUAAUCAUAUCCAUGUCUUCACAAACAUUAAUGCAAAAAUUCAAAAAUAAAAACUCUAAACUACUGUCGUCACACCACUACAUGCCCAUUCUUUAAUAAAUGAUUGAU